GUAAGGGUCGAGGUCGGCAGGUCAUUGCUGUUGCCAGGACAGCAGACGUGGUCAUCAUGAUGCUGGACGCCACCAAGGGAGACGUACAGAGGAAACUCCUGGAGAAAGAGUUGGAGUCCGUCGGCAUCAGACUCAACCGCUCCAAACCCAACAUCUAUUUUAAGCCCAAGAAAGGAGGGGGUCUGUCCUAUAACUCCAUGGUGCCUCUGACUAUGUGUUCUGAGAAACUGGUGCAGCUCAUCCUCCACGAAUACAAAAUCUUCAAUGCGGAGGUUCUGUUCCGAGAAGACAGCACUCCUGAUGACUUCAUCGACGUCAUUGUUGGGAACCGAGUUUACAUGCCCUGUUUAUACGUGUACAACAAGGUGGAUCAGAUCUCUAUAGAGGAGGUGGACAGACUGGCUCACGAACCCCACAGCGUCGUCAUCAGCUGUGGGAUGAAGCUGAACCUGGACUACCUGCUAGAGAGGCUGUGGGAAUACCUGGCGCUCAUCUGUCUUUACACUAAGAAGAGAGGAGAGAGGCCUGACUUCAGCGAUGCCAUCAUCAUGAGAAGAGGAGCAUCUGUAGAACAUGUGUGCCAUCGGAUCCACAGAACGUUAGCCAGCCAGUUCAAGUACGCCCUGGUCUGGGGGACCAGCACCAAGUUCGACCCCCAGCGGGUGGGGCUAACACACAUCAUGGAGCACGAGGACGUCAUCCAGAUUGUUAAGAAGUGAAACAGCUCUUCGGGAUAGGACCGAUGACGGGAUGGGUGGGACGAGUUAGUAAAACAGGCCUUCUGAUUGGACAGAAUACAGGAUGGGUGGGAGGAGUUAAAAACAAAAAAACAGGAAGUUGAUUUAUCCAGAACCAGUAGAUUCUAAAGUCCUGAUUCUUAUUUCGCGUUUGAAACAACAACAAAAAAUAACCAAUCAAGAACCAGAUACGAUCUGAGUUACAAGAGGACAGGAAGCAGCAUAUUUUAUCUUAGUUGACAUUGAAACACAUCCAGAAUGAAAAAGGGAAACUCAAUAAAUUCCAAGAACUUGAAAUGGA